GUUCCUUUGUCUCUGUGACCAUGCCUGAGAUGUCCACUUUGGCCUCUGUGAAUGUGAAUUCAGGAACAACUGCAGUUCCUUUCUUGAUGACUUUUAUUGUCAACUUCACCAUCACCAACCUGUCCUACAUGGAGAACAUGGGAAACCUGGGCUCUGAGAUAUUCAAUGCCACAGAGAGAAACCUGCAGCAGCUGCUGGGGCCCCUGUUCAAGAACAGCAGCAUCGGUUCCCUCUAUGCUGGCUGCAGACUGGCCUUGCUCAGGUGAGACCACCUCUAAAGCACUUACAGAAACCCUACUUCUCUACUUUCUUGGCCCCCACAUCCUGGUCAACCACAGUUGCCUGAGUCCUUGCCAAGUAGCAGUAUAACAUA